AUGAAGAAGAUCAGUGUCUUCGCUUUUUGGUUGAUUUUGGUUUUGGUGGGAGUGUUAUGUUGUGAAGGGUGUUGGAAGCAUGAGAAAGAAGCUCUCGUUAAUAUCAACAGUGUCUACUUCGAAAACAAUUUACCUUGGGUAGACACCACUGACUGUUGCAAAUGGGACAGGGUUGAGUGUAACUCCACCACAGGGCGAGUGGUGAAACUUGAUCUUUCUGAUGGGACUGAUUAUCAUCAUGGCUUAUGGAUUCUCAAUUACUCCCAUUUUCUUGUGUUUCAAGACAUGAGGAAUCUCAACUUGUCAGGCAAUGACAUAUCGAGCUGCGUUGAAACCCAAGCAUUAGGACUAAAUAAUCUGGAGGUCCUGGAUUUGAGUUAUAAUUUUGGCACCGACAAUAUCUUAUCAUGCGUGCUUGAGUCUUCAUCUCUUAAGGUUCUAUACUUACAAAUCAACAAAUUCGAUGCAACUUCAUACCGAGGUUUAUUCUCCAUGUUGGUAAAUCUCGAGGUUCUUGACUUGACCAUGUGCGAAUUCAGGGACGAUGACGUUGCAUCUGCUUUGAGUGCUCUUCCAUCUCUCAAGUCUCUAAAUUUAGAAUUUUGUACUCAAUUGAAUUGGAGACCGCUUCAUAGUAAUGUCACACUUUGCACUUCAUAUUCUUUCCUUUCCUUAUUUAUGAUUAGUUAA